AUGGGUUGGUAUGCCGAGGUGGUUGUCAACUCGAUUGGCUUCUGGGGCGAGUUUCUGGGGAAAACUGUGGAGAUGGCUUCUCAUCAUGAGAAGCCUAGAAAUUUGUCAAAGGUAGUUGGACUUCUCAUGAUGAUGCUCCGGCAUGGUUUGUCAGCAUUUGUAUGGAGAAUUCCUGUACCGAAAGAGCCUGAUGAUCCCACGGAGCCGAAGUAG